AUCCUUCUCCUCCUGCUUCCAGAUCAGCUCUUUCCUGGCUGGAGGUCUCAGCUGAUCGAGGCUGUCAGAGCCCAGGGCUGGCAGCUGCUUCUGCUGGGAGAAGGCAGGGGGGAGAAGAUCUUGUGCAGAGAGAGGCUGGGACUUGGCUGAGGUGGCUCCUGGGCUUUGAGGUGCACCUGUGACCCCAAGCCAUGUCCUGCUGCCAGCCCUGCAACCCUUGCUGCCAGCCCUGCGGCCCCUGCCCGCUGGCCAACAGCUGCAAUGAGUGCUGUGUCCAGCAGUGCCAGAGCUCCACCGUCGUCAUUGAGCCGCCUGCUGUGCUGGUGACCCUGCCCGGGCCCAUCCUCAGCUCCUUCCCACAGAACACCGUGGUGGGAUCCUCCACCUCCGCUGCCGUUGGCAGCAUCCUCAGCUCUGGUGGAGUGCCCAUCAACUCUGGCGGCUUUGACAUCUCCUGCAUCACCAGCGGCUAUGGUGGCAGAUGCUGUCCCCCCUGCUAAAUCUGCUGGCAAUGUCCUUGGGCAAGACCUCGGAACCUGCUGCUGGAAUGAAGACAGAAUUUUGAGACAUUGUAUGUAGGGCUUCUGACUUUUGUUUCCUUGUUCUCUCUUGUCUCUCUUCCCUUCCGUCCCUGUCAUCACCACCCAAUGCCAGCCUAGUGGAACCUGUUGGCCUCCCUCCCUCCCUCUCUCUGCAGACCAGCAGAGGGGCACCCCCACUACACCUUAGUGGCUGCUCCUGCUGCUCUCUGAGAACCAUGUCCUUUUCUUGCUUAGGGUCAAUAAAGUCGUUUUGCAUCCAA